GCUCUUUAUUUUAAGAACAUCUUUCUCUUAACAUUUCACCAGGCAAUAAGAAUGAGCUUUUGUUGUGGAGAGCACCAGGACUGCAGCGGGACACGUUUCUCAGUCAUUCAUGAUUCAGGUUUUCUGAGAAGAAGCUUCCUCUGAGUUUGAUUAACCAUCCGUGGAAAUCAAAAGAUUGUCACGGCCACGUUCACCACAGCAAAACCAAAGCACACGUUGAAUUUUUAAGGAUUUGUGUUCUUAGUGAAGCUCGUUGGCCUGUAAGUCGUGGACAUCACCAGCGCAGACGGAGGGGAGCCCAUUGUUCCUGAGACACUUCACAACAAGCUGCUGCUGUGCAGAGAACCAGUUCAGGGUGGUCCAUUCAGAUCAGAACCCGACUACUGGACAUGUGAGACAUGCUGCAGAGAAACACCAGGGCUGCAGCGUCUCGUCAGGAGGAUGGUUAAGCUUGCAGCACAUGUGGAAAACUCCAGAAAACAGUCGUGAGAGUUUCUGACCCGCCGACAUGCAAACAUCAGCAACGUGCUGCCAGUCGCCACGACGACAGACUGAUGCUCAGCUGCUGUCACGUCUGUUAACGCUCGUGGCUCAGAGCGUUAGCGUGCUAACAUCCACUAACUAUAGAAGCUCAGGAUGUUCACCGGUACCAUCCUAUCACAUCACACAGGAUGAAGGUUUAGUCUGUCCCAGUGCAGACCUUCAGAGCGAGGAGGAAAUGACCCAGCUGAGUGUCCGUCGCUGGACGCCCAAACACGUCGCCAAGUGGCUGAAGGAAGAGGGCUUCUGCGACUAUGUGGACCUGCUGUGCAACAAGCACCGCCUGGACGGCACCAGCCUGCUCGCCCUCAGCGAGUACGACCUCCGCUCGCCACCUCUGGAGCUCAAGGUGCUGGGCGACAUUAAGCGGCUGAUGGUGUCCAUCCGCAAGCUUCAGAAACAGAACAUUGACGUGCUGGAGGAGCUGGGUCUUCCCUACGAUGGCCACUCUCCUACAGGCUCUGGAGGCAGUUUGGACUGGCUUUGUAACGGAGACUCAGGCAGGGACUGUGACAGCACUGACACGGCGCCGGUGGGCGAGGAGUACCACCAGUACACCAACGGGAAGUACAAGCAGCAGAUGAGACGCCUCGACCCGGAGUACUGGAAGACGGUGCUCAGCUCCGUGUAUGUGGUGUUCGUGUUCGGGUUCACGUCCUUCGUCAUGGUCAUCGUGCACGAGCGGGUGCCUGACAUGCGCACAUACCCCCCACUGCCAGAUAUCUUCCUAGACAGUGUGCCUAGAAUACCGUGGGCCUUUGCGAUGGCUGAAGCAUGUGGAGUUAUCCUCUGUAACAUCUGGCUGCUGGUUUUGCUGCUGCAUAAACACAGGUCCAUCCUGUUGCGGCGCAUGUGCAGCCUCAUGGGGACGGUGUUCAUGCUGCGCUGCAUCACCAUGUUCGUCACCUCCCUGUCUGUGCCAGGACAGCACCUGCAGUGCUCAGGAAAGAUGUACGGCGACAUGUGGGCCAAGCUGCAGCGAGCUGUGGCCAUCUGGAGCGGUUUUGGGAUGACCCUGACCGGAGUGCACACGUGUGGCGACUACAUGUUCAGCGGCCACACCGUGGUCCUCACCAUGCUCAACUUCUUCGUCACUGAGUACACUCCACGAAGCUGGAACUUCAUUCACACUUUGUCUUGGGUCCUCAAUCUCUUCGGCAUCUUCUUCAUCCUGGCUGCACAUGAACACUACUCCAUCGACGUGUUCAUCGCCUUCUACAUCACCACCAGACUCUUCCUGUACUACCACACUCUAGCCAACACCCGGGCCUACCAGCAGAGCCGACGAGCUCGCAUCUGGUUCCCCAUGUUCUCCUUCUUCGAGUGCAACGUCAACGGGCCUGUCCCCAACGAAUACUGCUGGCCUUUCUCCAGACCUGCAGUGAUGAGGAGGCUGAUUGGAUAACGAGCAGCAGCAGCAGCAGCAGCGCCGUCAGACACGUCGUCUUCGGCUGUGCUGCUUCAUCCGCUUUGUCAAGUUGCCAACUGAUGCGGUUUGUGUGACAUCCUCGACAACAAAAAGACGAUGCCUGAUGUGAUUUUGUCAGCACGGAGGUCUGAUGGGAUACACAGAGCCAUACCCUCUUAUAUUUUGAGACUUAGCUUCCAACCUGAGUCCCCUGUCAACAUUUUUAGGCGGAUUAAAGAAAAUCUACAAAACCCUGCUGGGUGUUUUUAAAAGGCCCCAUCACAUCAUCUUGUGUUUAGAGAUGUGUCACACUUAUUGGUUGCUUCUUUUUCCUCUGAAGGGAUUUCAUUUUAUGUAGCACGAGUUGCAUUUUCCAUUACCUCCCAGGUUAAAGGUGCAUUUGUUCCAGAGUGUUUGGAUCGCACACGAUAAAAGGAAGCAUCACCAACGAAUCUCAGGCAGUGCUGCAGCGAGUCCUCCACGGCCGUCCAACACCUUCUGUUAAAACACUUUCUGCAGUCAAAGUACUUGAUCAUUUGGAAGUUUGGAUCUGGAUUACUGACUGACAGUUUUGUAAUUUAUUAAACCACUGCUCUAUGGACCACUGUUGAAGCAAUAUGUAUAGAUCUACAUUACAGUGUAUAGCAAAUAUAUUUUUCGUCAAAUUGAGAAACAGAUGUAGUGAACGUCCGCCUGCAUUUCUUGAGAUCAUGCUCCCAUUUUGACAAUAUUAGUGAAGACUGACAGAUAACUUCAUGGCUCAUUGUGAGGUGUACAACAACACAGUGCUUCUAUUGUUGUCAUAGCUUGCUUUUUCCUCACCAGACCUUUAAAGGAAAUGCAUUCAAGGAAAUGUCACUAUCGGCCAAAAAAGUGGAACGAUGGAGUUUUUUUUUUUUUCCCAGCUGUCUUAAAUAUAAUUCCAUUUGCCAAUUACCUUGAGUGUUAAGAUGAUAGGUUUCUCUGUGUAGAAAUGUCCAAAAUCUUUCAUGUUUACUGUCCGAUAACUGUAUUAUACUUUUUUUUUAAAGGUUAUCAUGCAGUGUAAAUGACCAGACCAAGUACCAUGAGCUGUUCCUCAUAUUAAUCCUUUGACAUUAAUCUGUAGUAAACAGACCCGUAAAUUUGUAUGUAUUUGUUUAUAUUAAUUUAUUUCAUUUUAUAAAUGUCAAUAGGUAUUUUUAUAUUCCAUAUACAAAGGUACAGCAACAUGCACAUGGAGAAAUAUGUUUACAGUUGCUUUGAACUAUGUUUGAAACACAAUGUGCUAUUUAAGUGUCCAGUUGAGUUCAGGUUGUCCUCUGCAUUUCAUGGAGUGAAACUUGCCAUUGUAGUAGAAGAUCAUUGAUUUGGUCGUUGCAGCGUGUUGAAGACGUGAUUAUUCUGAACUGAGUUGUCGGUCUGACGCGUUCUUCCACUGAGGAGGGAUGUUGUUCAUAUGCUGCUGCAAAGCCACAUUACUCGUUUCUUGUCUCGUUGGUCAUUUCCAUCAUUAAAGAGCUGAAAUGAGA